ACUACGUUGAAGAUGCUGAGCAAUUGGAACAGUACUUCAUGACAUCUUUCAGCAACCUACCGUCAGACUCUGAAGUGUCAAAAAAAGAUGCUGAAAAACCCGAAAGGAACGACGUUGCCAGUACAUCAGAGGGCUUAGUUAUACAUGCAAAGACUCCCUUAGAUCCUUCUGAUAAGCAAAAAUCUGAAAAAAGACCUCUCAAAAAACGGCCCCCUAGACGUAGCGUUCCUGUGGACAGUGAAUCUUCCGGGGACGAAACAUCAUUCAUCAGGGACCCAAAGUCUAAAAGGCCUCGUAAAAAUUGCCGAAGGUUUCACGCAUCGCAGCAAUCAAGAGCCAUCCCCACAGUCUCCGAAGUAUCACAAAAGCUAAAACCUACGCGCCCCUCAACUUCAGCUACUACUAGGUAUCACAACGUUGAGUUAUUGAAACAUGUACAUCUGACAAUAGAACAGAUCAUUUACAGACAUCCGGCUAUAAGGGCUCUAGUUUCUGACCCAGAAGUGGCUCAGAAUAUACAAACGUUAAUUACCCUAUUGAAAACACUGGGUUUCUUAAAACAGUAGCAUUGUAUUUGUAGAGCUACAAUGGAGCCACAUCGCAAAAAAACUUGUAAAAGGAAACAUAUUGAAAUUACUGUUGACGAUGAUUCUGACAAUGAUGUUGCUGUGACAGGUGUUCAAAAAAAUAAAACGGUUUCAAUUGAUCCGAGUCAAACGGUGUCAAAUUCUGUGGUUAAUUCUGUAAUCAUUCCCCAAAAUACCUUAAAUUCUGACCCCUCAACAAAUUCCCAUACACCUAGUAUGUCUCCAGCCCCCUGUGGCAGCCCACCCACUGUUCACCCCCAAAAUUUAACCGGUUUUGAGAAUUUUGACUAUCUAGACAAACUAUUAAAUGAUUUAAAUUAUAACGCAUAUAUUUUACCGUCAUUCAGGGCGUUGAUUGAUGAAAUUUUUACAGAUAGUGCCCUGAUAAAUGACAACGCUACUAAUAUAGACCACAAUAACUCCCAGAGCCCUGGGUUUAUUAAUGAUGCUAAAUUGACUCAGAUCAAUUUUGACUCUUUGGAUAAGCUUUUGCAAGAAAUGGCUAGAGAAAAUCAUGUUACUACCGAGAGUGUAGAUGAUAGGGAAAACCAAAUAGGAGAAGGCUUAAACAGUGGGGCUUGUCAGGAUGAUUCUUUUAGCAUAAAAGUCCCGGGGGGUGGUGUAGUACAUGAUGAUCAAGUGGCAGGUCCUUCAGGUUUACAGGCCCCCCAUAGGGGUAGUGACGGUGAUAGAAUUGGUGGGGAAGGUGUACAGCUUCGGCAUAGACCUAUGUUUAACAAUAUCGAAUUGAAACACCCUCUUAACUUUACACAUCUGUAUGACUUGGAUUCCUACGCCGAAGUUUUUACUGUGUUGCAUGAAACGUUAGAGAAUAUGUUGAGUGAGGUUUCUAGAACGCUAAGACCUUCAGACGUCGUUCAGCUUGAAUUGAGAGCAGGAUCCUUAGAUAUACCAGUGUAUGUAAAAAUGACUGGAGACAAUUUAAGUCUAGACGACUUUCUCAGUCAGAUUGAAGCUCUCCUUCAAAGUCAUAGUGAAAUUUUAGCUGAUGACUCUUUGAUGUUGAUUGUCCAGGUUAUUAGGUGUCCGGAAGGAGGUGGUGUUAGGAGAGGUUUGCAGACCUUAAUGAAAAGUGAGCUUAUUAGAAAAAAAGCCAAGCAUCUGAUUAUAUGUUACAACAGAGACAAUCAAUUAUGUUUUCCCUACAGCGUUCUGAGCUUGUUAUUUCCAGAAUUCAGGGGUGCCUAUGAUACGUGUAUGGCUGAGGCUUUAAAACUUCAACAGAGUGUGGGAUUAAGUGAACAUCAAACGGUGUCGUUUGCGGACAUAGAUAAAUUUGAACAGGCUUUAGAUGUUAAAAUUGUGGUCUGGUACAGAUGUCCUCAAAAGGAUGUGUUCCUGAAUCACCAAACAGAUACUCGAGCAAAAAGCAAAACUGUAUUUCUGUUUCUUCAUGAGAAUCAUUUCUAUGGUAUUGUUAACUUGAAAGGUUUUCUGGGUGCAGCCUAUCUGUGUAAUUACUGUUACACCGCAUAUAGUAACCGAUUGGGACAUCGCUGUGAAGGACACUGUAAUGUGUGUUUUUCACCAGCUUGUAACACCGAGUCCUCAGUAAAGGUAAAAUGUAACGAUUGCAAUCGUUAUUGUCGAUCACAGAUCUGUUAUGAUGAGCAUAAGAUUCUCCGAGAUAAAGCCAACUGUGAAAAACAGGCUUCUAUGUGUGACAUUUUAAAACUAUGUACAAGGUGCUAUUCUCUCUAUAAAUGUGACCCUACAAAGCCUCGGACUCAUAAAUGCCUUAGUCCAUACUGUAAGAUAUGUAAAUCAGCAUUGUUACCUCACACUGAUCACAAAUGCUUCAUUCCGGUGCUUAAACCUUAUGAACCCACAGACAAAUAUGUGUUUUAUGAUUUUGAAUGUCGACAGGAAGACGGCGUGCACAUUCCAAAUUAUUUGUACUGCAUCCACAUGAGUGGUGAAUCAUGGUUUUGGGAGGGUGAGGACUGUGUGAAAAAGUUUUUUGAGCGGUAUCGCAGACCCUGUUACGCCGGCUAUACUUUCUUGGCUCACUACGCGAAAUCGUAUGACAGUUAUUUACUGAUGAAUUAUUUAGUGACCAACGGUGUUAACCCUCAUAUCAUAGCUCAGGGUAGCAAGUUAAUGUGUUUUACAGACGAAGCUUUUAAGAUGCGUGUGGCAAAGCGCCCCGCCCCUGGUGCUUUUUUCAUGGUUGUCCCUUGUGCUAUGAUUCUGCCGAUGUAA